AUGUCCAAGAUCAUCCGCCGCUGGGUGGACGAGGAGGAGCUGUUGAGGAUCUCCACGCGCUGUGUCGGCACACCCUUCCACCACCUGAAGGACGGCGAGUUCGUGGGCUACGUCCACUGGAAACCGGCCGUCAUGGCCGAGACCGGCGGAGACUUCCUCGUGACAUACCGGGGGGACCUCAUCCGCUUAUUGUACAAGACCGCGAAGGAGGCCGGCGCACAGAUCACCUUCGGCGCCGAGGUCGUCGUCACCUUGGCGAACGGCGACGUGCUCACCUGCGAUAUCCUCAUCGGCGCGGACGGCGUCCGGAGUAGGGUGCGGGAGGUCGUUCUCGAAGAUGAUGACGAUUGUCUCGAGCCCGCGGGGAUGACUCUUUACACUGGUAUCGUCGACGCUGAGGACAUGCUCAAGGACGACGAUCUCCGGCCGUUUGUGCUGUCGGACGAGUGGCCGAUCUGGAUGGGUGAACAUCGAAGUCUCGCCGGCCACCCGAUGGUGAUGCGGGAAAACAAGUUCUACUUCCACUUCUAUUCCCAUCAGCACGACACGAUCCCCAAGGCACCUCGGCCCAUACAUCCAGCGGUUGAUCAACUUGCGCCCGAACUCGUCCGCACCACCUCCAUGCGACACGACGACAUUGACGACUGGAUCGAUGCGACCGGCGCAUCGCCCUCCUCGGCGACGCGGCACACCCAUCAAUGGUGCCCCGGCGGCUCGCACGCGUGCUCGAUGGCGGUGGAGGACGCGACGGUGCUCGGCUCGCUCUUCUCGCGCAUCACGCUCCUGGACGAGAUCCCGACGCUGCUCUCCGCGUACCACGAGCUGCGCGAGCGGCGGGCCGCGUUCGGCGCCGCCGCGGACUGGUCGAACGCGCGGAUGCUGGUGUGGCCGGAGGGCCCCGCGGCGGCGGCGCGGGACGAGGACAUGCGGCGGCGCAAGGACGAGUGGGACGAGGGCACGGUCAAGAAGGAGUUCGAGGAGAUCGCGGAGCUCUUCCUCUACGACGCCUACGACGCCGCGGAGGAGUGGUGGCUCAACUGGGGCCGCUUCUCCGAGAGCGCGCGCGCGCGCCCCGCGCUCUCGUUCGACUUCUUCGCCGUCAGCACCGUCCAGUGCGAGUCGUGA